AGUCUUGUUAGGUCUAUCUACUAGAACACAGUGGAUGAGAUAUUCGGUUGCAGAAAUCGAUUGAUUGAUUGGAUGCAGAAAUGAUUCCUUCACGACACGCCCCACGAUUUUUAGAAAAUGCCAAAAGCUGCAUUAAUUUGUCGAAGAAGGCUUUUAGCACCGAGACGGUUAUUCAUAAGGAAGAGAAAUAUGCGGCCCAUAACUACCACCCUCUGCCUGUGGCUCUAGCGAAAGGACAAGGUGUUUUUGUAUGGGACGUCGAAGGAAAAAGAUAUUUUGAUUAUUUAAGUGGUUAUUCAGCCAACAAUUUUGGUCAUUGCCAUCCGAAAAUAGUUAAGGCUUUACAAGACCAAAGUGCAGUACUUCACCACACAUCCAGAGCAUUUUUUUCCGACCAACUUGGAGAGUAUGCAGAGGUUCUAACCAAACUUUUUGGAUACGACAAGGUUCUGCCGAUGAAUACAGGUGUGGAAGCAGACGAUACUGCCUGUAAAUUAGCCAGGAAAUGGGGAUACAAAAAGAAGGGGAUACCCAAAGAUCAAGCCAAAAUUAUUUUUGCAGAGGACAACUUUUGGGGAAGAUCUUUGGCAGCAGUAUCAGCGUCCACAGAUCCCACAAGCUAUGAGGGAUAUGGACCGUUCAUGCCUGGUUUUAAAAUCAUACCUUAUGACGAUCUGAAGGCACUAGAGGAGCAAUUAAAAGAUCCCAACGUAUGUGCCUAUAUGGUUGAACCAAUCCAAGGAGAAGCCGGUAUUAGAGUACCGUCUCCAGGCUAUUUAAAAGGAGUCAGAGACCUCUGCACCAAAUACAACGUCCUUUGGAUUGCCGACGAAAUCCAAACUGGUUUAGGAAGAACUGGAAAAAGACUGGCUGUAGAUUACGAAAAUGUCAAGCCUGAUAUUCUGGUCCUUGGAAAGGCGUUGGGAGGUGGAGUGUAUCCGGUAUCAGCUUGUUUAGCUAACGAUGAUAUUAUGUUGGUGAUUGAACCAGGUACGCAUGGAUCCACCUUCGGAGGCAACCCUCUCGGUUCUAGAGUAGCAAUUGUUUCCCUAGGAGUUUUAGAAGACGAGAACAUCGCAGAAAACGCCUUCAACAUGGGAGAGAUAUUCAGACAACAGCUUCAAAGCAAAUUAAAUAAAGACAUUGCGACGGAAGUUAGAGGAAAAGGUCUCUUGAAUGCUGUAGUCAUCAACAAAGGUGUAGCUGAUGCGUGGGAUGUAUGUUUGAAAAUGAAAGAGAAUGGUGUCAUUGCUAAACACACUCACGAAGACAUCAUUAGAUUUGCUCCUCCUCUUGUUAUUAACAAGGAACAACUCGAAGAAUCUAUUAAUAUUAUUGUAAACACUAUUAAUGGAUUACAGAAAUAAAGUGUUAUAUAUUUUUUAUCAUAAUUUGAUAUUUUCCGAAUUUGAUAGUAUCCGAAUUUUCGUUUGUUAGGUAGCUGAUAAAACUACGUCACAUCUAGUAGGAUAUUGAUAGAAUGAUGGGUGCUUAUUGUAUAUACCUCUUUAAUAGAUAAGUAGAUACUUCAAGUAGAUUGACAUUUGACCUCGUCUAAUCUACUCGUCGUGGGACAAUACCCAAGAGAUUAAAUGUCGCAUCGGAAAGGCCAAAAGUGCAUUCUGGACUAUGAGUUCUGUGUUCAAGAGCCAUGACCUCACCCUAGAAACAAAAAUAAGGCUCACUAAAUGUUAUGUGUACUCAGUGCUUCUGUAAAGUGCAAACAAACUGUAUUUUUUUAUUUAAAAUAUAUCUUACCU